CCCAAGAAACACCUUAUUUUCUGGAGCCGCCUGCUGACCGGAUUCCGAUCCGCGCCACUACAGCCUGGUUUCUCAGUCAGUUUCCAAAGUCGCUGCUCGACAAACAUUGCCAACUGCCAUAGUCAGCAAGACACAACGUGAAUCCAAAUGCAACCUAUAGCAUACCCGCCAAUCCUCCCAGCACCGCCUGCGGUUGAAGGCUCAGUCUCUCCUUUACCCAGCUGCCACCCAACGAGAAACCUGGUUCGAAAGCGUGUUUCGACCUCGGUCGCCUGCAAUGUCUGCCGUCUCAGGAAGAUUAGGUGUGAUAGCGAACGGCCAACUUGUUCAAACUGCAAGAAGGCACGCUCAACCGGUUAUGUCUAUAGAAAGCACCACAAAAUGGCAGAUGCUUCCCUAAUAGAACUGCUCGAGCUUUUUAGAGCCAUGCCAGAAGACCGUGCAGCCCACCUUCUGACGGCUAUACAGAACAAUAGUAAUACUGCUAGCCUCUUAUCCACCAUUGAAACGAACACAGCAGGAACACCAUCUAUUACGGCAUCUGGGUCGUCGCCGAGUUUUGCAUCAUCGCAGCCAAUAGCGCCUGUACAGAAUCCCUUAGAGUCCGAACUAAUGGCGAAAAAUCCGAAUACAUAUCCCGCCUUAAGUUCUAUCGUGGACUCCGAUCUAGCACGUAGUAGUCUUAUCGGAUCUGUUCUAAGCUUCGCGGCACACCAUACAAUUAGUAGUAGUUCCGAUCCUACCGUAUCCGAUCCGACUACUCAGAACUUCUAAAUAGCUCCCAAACCGACAACCGAAUCUGCGUAUUACGACAAGCGUUUACGCAACCUUGAUAGCAGUUACUAGACUAAUGUGGAGGUUACGAACAACCUCGCCGCGCGAGUUAUCUCCUUGUACAUAUCGUUAGAUUAUCCGCUUCUCGGUUUCUUCGAUCCAAAUCUAUUCAUCGAUAACUUAGUUAGCUAAAAGAAAGGUUCUGCUCUCGGUUCCUUGUUUAUAUCGUGUUACAUCAAAUGUGUUGCGCCUUUAAUAAAAGCGCGGUUUGGUUAGCAGAG